AUGUGGCCUCAACUUCAAGUCUUUCUACUACUACUCCUCGGCCUGGCGGCCAUUGGAGUCAGAGCCUCCGAGGAUAAUCCCUGCCAGGAUGUGCGUACGGCUGGCUUCGUGUGCUUAAACUGCACCACAUUGGGUUAUUGCGUAAAGGAUGCCAGUGGACGAUGGGAUACCAUAUCGAUGCUCGGCUGUCAAUCGGAACACAGUUUCUACUGCAGCGACGAAGGCACCUACGGCUGCACCUGGCAGGCACAGUGUAAGGUGCCAAAGCGGGGACCCUUCACCUGCCAGCAGGCGGGAUUAUUUCCCGAUCCCUACGACUGCCGGCGGUACCACGAGUGCAGUGACCUCCAGGUGGACACACCGCGUCAGUGCACCAAUGGUGCAGGUUUCUCGACGCUUACGGAAACCUGUGUCCUGCCCCGCGACAGUGAUCAAUGCCUGAGCGCCCAAUUCAAUUGCAGUCGGCCCGGAGAUGUUGGCGGUUGGGAAGCGGACACCAGGUACUUUUAUGUUUGCGUCAAUGAGACGUCGGCCAACAGCUUGUAUCCCCUGAUAAUGAAGUGCCGCGAAGGAUUCGUUUUCAUGAACAAUGCGUGUGUUCCUCCGGACUUCCGGAACGUUUAA